UGAGAAUCAACAGUGGAAAUAUUCAUGAAGAUAAAGAUGAACAGUAAAUGACAAGCUGUGAUGUAGUGAAUGUUUGUUUGUGACGGCAGGACGUCCAGACAGACGGAGCUCAGCAGGAAACAUCCGUCUGUUCACAUUAAAGCAGAAACUAAACCGACACAUCAGACGUCAUUAGAACACUUUAGAACAGAGAAACCAUGUGAAAGUUCACAUUAAUCUAAAUAAAAUGUGUUUUUAAAUUCAGUUCAUCAGUUAGUUCAGUCAUUAGAUGCUGUAAACUGCAGGUUCCUCUUCCUCAGGUGGAGAUGUGGAACCAGGAACUAGAGCGUCCUCUGUCUGAGGCUUUCUGUUCCUGCUUCAGUUGGUUCAGAUCUUAGUGGAUUUAGAGGUGAAACUUGUUGUUCAUGCAGGAUUUCUGGGACUUUAUCUCCUGUACAUCUGGAGAUCCUUUCUUCUGCACCUCCAUGUUGUUGUUGGAACCUUCUGGAGAACGUUUGAGUCUAAAAGCUGCAUGAAGAGACGAGAAAAAGUAAACUUGAGAGAGUUAAGGUAUAAUAGUUUGAUCUGAACCUGCAGUGUGUCAUCAGUUCACCACAUCAUGCUAACCACAUGACUCCAUACAUGCAUUCAUUCAGCCUGAACACAUGACAGAAUGGACACGGAUCAGUCAGACGGAGCUUCCUGUUUUAUUCAUGUCAGCGUCUCUGUAGCUCUGAAACAUGUUUAACAGAUUCAAAGAAACACUCAAAGGUUCCAGACAGAACUUUACUCAUUUCUAAUGUUAAAAAUUAAAGAUAGCAAUGGAUAAAACUCUUUAUGUUAAAAUCUGACUCCAACAUGGGAUCAAUCAUACGUAAAAUAAAAACCCAAUAAAUGAAACCAACAAUCACCAAAACAUCUACAGAUAAACACAAUCAUCACAUUCAACCUUCACCCAAAACUCUGACAGAAAGACGGAGAUGAGUUAAAACCAGGUCUAAAUUAAAACCAGGACCAGUUCUGAGUUAUAACUAGAACCAGGUCUACCUGGGUUAAAACUAGAACCAGGUCUAACUGAGUUAAAACUAGGACCAGUUCUGAGUUAAAAUUAGAACCAGGUCUAUCUGGGUUAAAACUAGGACCAGGUCUGAGUUAAAACUAGAAUUAAUUCUGAAUUAAAACUAGAAUUAAUUCUGAGUUAAAACUAGGACCAGUUUUAACUGUAAAUCAGGAACUAGCUGGAGUUUGUUUAUUGAAUUAAAUAAAUGAAUUCUUGGACCACUAAGCUGCUCAGAGCUCAGAAAGUUCUGUCAUAAUGUUAAAGUUCCUUUAAAUAAAUAAACUACUGCAGACAGGAAGUUCUAAAAUGAGAACUUUCUGUUUGGUUUGAGGGACCUUUAGGUUCUUUUAGUUGUUCCUCCAGCUGGUGGUGUUUAGGAGCUUCUAGUUCCUGUUUGGAGGUUCUUCUCAUUCAAAGGUUGUCCAGGUUUGUUUGGUGCUUCACAGGUCCUUCAGAAGGUCUUUAAGGUUCUCAGGUGGUUCCAGGGAUCUGCACGGGUUCCACAUUCGAUGCUCAUGGCGGUUGAAAAAACUGGAGGGAACCUUUAGGGGCUUGUGAUGUUCCUUUCUAUAGGUUCUGCUGGUCAUUAAGCAGAAACUAAAAGUCAUUCAGGUGGUUCCUUUGGUCAGUAAGGAGGUUCUGUGAGUGACUUGGGGGAGAUCUAGAGGAGGAGAAGUUCUAGGGGUUCUUUAGGUGGUUCUGAUUGUCUUCUAAACAUGGAUUACAGCCAGUGAUGAGGUUGUAGAAGUUCUAUAGGAGCUUCUAAAGGUCCAGUAUGAGCUUGUAGUGGUCACUGAGGAUGUUUUCCUGGUUCUGUAUGUGGUUCUAGUGGUUCAUUAGGUGGUUCUUGUGGUAUCUGAUGAGGUUCUAAAGGUGACUUUUAGAGUUAUGUAUUUGUAGUGACCCUGAAGAGCUCCAGGAGGUUUGAGUUGGGGUGAAAGGAGUCCAGAGGUGGUUCUAGUGGGCCUUAGUGAUCUUUUAUGGGUUCUUUAGGAGAUACUGGAGGAACCGUCCACGCUAACAUUCCUCUGAAGCUUUAACCUCAUUGUGUCCAUCAGACUGAAGGUUCCAGUUGAUCCAUCCGGCCGUGGAUCGGGUCAGUGGAGCUGUGAGUCCUGGCGUUAUAUAAGUUCUGGUGUUUGUAACAGUUCUAGGUGGAUCGUCUCACUUUCAGCAGCGAUGACGAUCCGCUGGCUCAUAACAGCUGAUGUAUUUUUAAAAUGUGCAGCUAUAAAUAGACUUCUGUCAGACGCUGAGCUCUGCUUCACUGGAAGACAUGAAGCUCUGACACUUCAACACCUUUAAAUCACAACUCCAGAACCAAACCAGAACAUUGAUCUACAUCCUCAAUCACAUCACGGAGAUCUAACAGAACACCUGGAGGGUUUAAAGAAGUUCCACCUCAGGAUGAUCAGGACUGACUCAUCCCUGACAUCAGCAUAGAUCAUCUACAGCUCAUCAUCCUGCAGCUCAGAGUCUGGAGGAACCCCAUCACAUGUUCUACGGCCUCCAGCAGGUUCUCUAAGUGUUCCAAGGAAAUUGAACACCUCUUGAAAACUUUAGAUUUGUUUCGUAGCAGCAGGUUUAGGGGUCUUGCGGUGGUUUUAUUGCUUCUAUCAGAGGUUCUAGUGGGAUCUAAAGGGACUUCAGGUGGUUGUAGCCAUCAUUUAGGUGGUUCUAGUGGGAUCUAAAGGGAUUUCAGGUGAUUGUAGACAUAAUUCAGGUGGUUCUAGUGGGAUCUAAAGGGACCUCUGGUGGUUGUAGCCAUCAUUCAGGUGGUUCUAGUGCAGGCAUCUCCAACCGGUAGCUCGCGAGCUACUGGUCGCUCGCGGGCCGGUUUGGGGUAACUCGCGGAAGGAUUUCUGAAUCUUAACUAGAUUUUGCAGCAAAGUUUGACUACACUUCGAAAAAUACUUUUCUACCAUCACAUAAAUCUGUCCAAUAAAAAAGCAAUGUCCUGCGACUCGAUCCCGCCCCUUUACCUACAAAACUUGCAAUUUGUCGAUCAAAACAUGCAGCCAUCAAUCAAACGGCAUUGUAGGCUACAGUCCACUCACGCAAGUUUGGGCAAUGGCUUUGCACCGGAGGUGCUUGUAGCAAAUAUGACGACGGCUAAGAAGCGAAAGUCCUAUAAUUUUCACCAAGAAUGGGAAACUGAAUUCUUCUUUACUAAUGUCAACGACAAGUGCGUUUGUCUGAUCUGCGGGGCCAGUGUGUCUGUUGGCAAGCGAUGCAACGUUGAACGCCAUUUUACCACAACCCACGGAAACUUUUCCAAGGACUUUCCUGUGGGUACAAAUCUUCGGAAGGAGAAGGUAAAAGAGCUAAAGUUAGGUCUUCAGCGACAACAAUCUUUAUUUACCAAACCCACAAAGAGGGCAAACGCUGCAACUGAGGCAUCUUUUAAAGUUGUGCGCAUACUAGCAAAGCACAAAAAGCCCUUUACCGAUGGCGCCAUUGUAAAGGAUGCUAUGACUGCAGUAGCCGAGUCACUAUUUGUGGACAAUAAAAGCAAGGAUGAUAUUUUAUUUGCUAUUGGUGACGUGCAACUUGGAGCUAAUACUGUAGCCAGGAGAAUGACUGCGCUGUCUGAAGAUGCCAUGACACAAUUGGACUCGGACAUUAAAAGGUGCAAGUGGUAUUCCAUUCAAUGCGAUGAAUCAGUGGACUCGAGCGACACAGCCCAGCUCGCAGUUUUCAUUCGCAUGGUCUUUGAGGACUUCUCAACGAAGGAAGAGUUUCUCGCUCUUCUUCCAUUGAAAACUACCACCAGAGGUGUUGAUAUUUAUAAUGCCGUGAAGACCUAUUUUGUGAAGAAAAACAUACCCUUCGAAAAGCUGGUGUCUAUUACCACAGACGGUGCGCCAGCGAUGAUAGGCCAUCAUUCUGGGUUCAUUGCGCACUGCAAAAAUGACCCGGACUUUCCCAAGAUUCUGAACUAUCAUUGCAUUAUUCACCAACAAGCAAUAUGCUCCAAGGUUCUGGAUUUUGACCAUAUCAUGGGACCAGUCGUUAGGAUUAUCAACUCCAUUCGGGCAAAGGCAAAGCAGCAUAGGAGCUUCAAGUUAUUUUUGGAGGAAUGCGCUGCUGAGUACGGGGACCUCCUCCUUCACACGGACGUCAGAUGGCUUAGUCACGGCUGUUUUAAAGAUGACCGCAUCGUGUUCUGGACCUGGAUGUUCUCCACUUAUUUCAUGGAGAAGUGGGCUCAGCGGCAGGAUGACAUGUUGUUCUAUGUCCGCAGGAAGCCGGCCUACGUCAGCGCCGACAACGCCGAGGGCAAGAAGGUGGAGGUGGAGGUCUACAGGAGGGACUCUAAGAAGCUGCCGGGCCUCGGAGACCCGGACAUCGACUGGGAGGAGAGCGUCUACCUGAACCUGAUCCUGCAGAAGCUGGACUACGUGGUGACAUGUGCCGUCUGCACGCGCUCAGAUGCAGGAGACAUCCACAUCCACAAGAAGAAGUGUCAGGAAGUGUUCGCGUCUCCAAGUAAACACGCCAUGGACAGCAAAGGAGAGGAGUCAAAGAUGAGCUACCCCAACAUCUUCUUCAUGAUCGACAACUUUGAGGAGGUGUUCAGUGACAUGACGGUGGGGGAAGGUGAGAUGGUUUGUGUGGAGCUGGUGGCCAGCGACAAGAGCAACACCUUCCAGGGCGUCAUCUUCCAGGGCUCCAUCCGCUACGAGGCACUGAAGAAGGUCUACGACAACCGGGUUAGCGUAGCGGCUAAGAUGGCCCAGCGGAUGUCUUUCGGCUUCUAUAAAUACAACAACAUGGAGUUCGUGAGGAUGAAGGGCCCCCAGGGGAAGGGCCAUGCUGAGAUGGCCGUCAGCAGGGUGCCCACCGGGGACACGUCGCCCUGCGGCACUGAGGAGGACCAGGUGUCCCCGAUGCACGAGAGGGUGACGUCCUUCAGCACUCCUCCAACUCCAGAGAGGAACCGUCCGUCCUUCUUCUCUCCGUCUCUGAGAAGGAAGAUGCCCAGAAACCGAAUUGCUGAGAUGAAGAAGUCUCACUCUGCUAACGACAGCGAGGAGUUCUUCAGGGAGGAGGAGGACGAAGAUCUCCACUCCACCACCAACCUUCGUUCUCGUUCUCUGUCGGGAACCGGACGUUCUCUGGUCGGUUCCUGGCUCAAAUUGAACCGAGCUGAAGACUACUUCCUGCUCUACUCUCACCUGACCUAUGUCACGCUGCCGCUGCACCGCAUCACCACAGACAUCCUGGAGGUCCGGCAGAAGCCCAUCCUGAUGACAUAGCAGAACGGUUCCUCAGCGCAUCACUCCAAGUGCCUCCUCUCCAGGCUGAGGCAGCAGCGGCCCCCGCUGUCCUGCUUCGCCCAGAGACGCUGGCGGAGGCCCGGAAACUAACCAGCCAAUCAGGAAGUGCCUCCUCUUCUCCACGGAAACGGGCCAGCGUCAGGAUCACAUGACCUCAGUGUGAACAGGCAUUGGCUGAACUCCGACAGGAAGUAGAGGGAAGUAAAGAAUGUGUGUAAAUACAUGCUGCUUUACCACUGAGACGCCUUGAAGGUUCUGGACUUUAUUUCUGACGAACCGAGUCGAGUCGUCUUUAGAACACCCAGUUUAUUACUAACGGCCUGUAAAACUGCUGCUUCCUUCAAACACACCAUAAUCUCACAGUUUUUACUUUGAAAGGGUUCAGAUCCUCAGCUCCACUUCCUAAAACUACAUUGCAAAGACUUUUACUUUGAAAGGGUUCAGAUCCUCAGCUCUACUUCCUAAAACUGCCUCUGAGAUAAAAGUUCUGCGACAGGAAGGAAGUGAUUCUGAGGGUAAAAAUCAGGAUUUUAGGAGAGUAAAGACAAAUUUUCACAGUAAAAGAGUUCAGCGUCUUUAACUUUAUUCUGGCACAAAUAUUGAGUUUAAAAAGGGAAAAACUGUAAAAGUACAAUUUAAUCUUUGUAAAUGCGUUUGAGAUUAAAGUUCUGCGAUAGAAUGAAGAGAUUUAGAGUAAGAAUUCAGAAUAUUAGUGAAUAAAACGAUAUGAUGAAACGUUUACGGAAAAACUGAAUAAAAUCAAUCUAAACUAAUUUAACCUUCAGACAUUUUGGAUCAAAGUUAAACACAUGAAGAGAAUUUAACUGAAAAUAUAAAUGUUCUGAAACUUCCAGUGUUUGGAGGUGAAUUAAUUCAGAUUCUUAUUGAUUAUUGAUUAAUCUGUAGAUGACAUUUCUGAAAGGAAGAAAACAAAGUGAGCACAAGUUAAACCUCCAAAACAAACUGCCGACUUUAAUGAAACUUCUGUUGUGAUUUCUACUGAACCCAGAAACCGAUCAACUGAUCAAUGGGAUUACUGAUGAUUAUUGAUGAGCUGCUCGAUCUUUUAGUUUCACUUUAGUUUAGGGUUCCGACUCCAAACAAACAGAACAAAAAACACAACAUCACAGAAACCAGUGAUUUCCUCCUGCUUUAGUUCCACCAGAAGAUCUAAAGUAGAAGAUCUAAAGCAGCCUCAGGUUAGGGUUAGUUUAGUUCUUCUGCUUUAGUUCUUCUGAGACCAGCUGAAGAACCUGAAGCUGCAGAAGAUCUAAAGGACAGAACUCUGGUUGGUUCUUGGCGCUCCUGAAGCCUUAAACUUGAACCUGUAUGUUCUCCAUGUUCUUCUGAUCACUUGUCUCACAUGUUCCUGUCCACCACAAGGCUUCAGACUGGAAAGACGAACACCAAACAUCUUCUAAAAGGAUCAAUUCAAGAUCAGUCAGAUCGAUUGGAACUGAUCAGCUCUGAAGGGUUUGGUGUUUGUGCUUUCAGGCUUCGAGGAUUGAUUGAUUGAUUGACGUGGACUCUGUUGUUAUUGAUCGGAUAUUAUCGGUGAUUGAUUUGCACUCAGACGAAGCCAUCGUAGAUCAAAUGUUCUUCUGUUGUACUGAUCUCCAGCGGACCCUCGGUGUUAUUGAUGACGUAGUUGAUAGAUCCUCCAGCUGAAUGUAAACACGCUGAUCAAUACCUGAUAUGAGAUACGCUUUAGACCUUCUGAAGGUUCCACUUUCUGUUUGGUGUCCAUUCUUCACCGUGCAUGAUGUUCUGUUGCUUCUGUACCUCUUUAUUUAUUGAAUACACAUUAGCAGAAACAUG